UCGCAAAACAAACUUAAUUCCGGAAAGCGUCACCACCAUGGCUGUUUCGUUAUAUUGUAAUAGACCGGCAUCGAAGACGUGUUUGUUUACAUUAUUUCGCGAUGACAGAAGAGAGAACUGAUCGUCCUCCUUGAAGUUUGGCUGAUGGAUUUGUUCAACAGAAGAUGUUAGCAGUAGAAACAGAAUGCCAGGGACCGGGCCUAAGUCUUUUCAAUGCGUUGCUUGUGGCAAACGUACACGGCCAAAAGAAAGAAGAUUUGUGAACACUGAUGUCUACAAAGGCUUUAUUCAGCAUUUAACCAUAGAAGUUGCAGCAAAUGAUGUAACAUGUCAAACAUGUUUUGUGAAAUACAAAAGGUCAGCAAAAACUGUAAAACCUAAGUUGUGUGAAAAUGUGACCGAUAGUGAAGAUACACCAAAAGAUCCGAACUAUGUUCCACCGCCUAAAAAACCUAGAAAUGAUAACCAAUUUAAAAGUCCUCAAAAUAUUCCAUUACCCAUUUUGUCAUCUGGUAACAGUCAUUCCACCUGCUGUAUAUGCAAAAAGAGAGGUUCAAAAUUGAUGACAGUUUCCAUCGACUGCAGAACUAGACUAUUUGUAGAAAAGGGUCAUCUGCUUCUAGCUGGAUCUAGAUGUUGCUGUAAACACCUUGAUUCAGAUAAAUAUUUCAAUGAAGAGGCACUUUGCUCUGUGACCGACAACUCGACGAAUUCUCAGGAAGGCAGCACAUAUUUCAAUAAAACUGAUAUUUCGUCACUAAUUGCAAACAUCAGAGCUAUUGCAGUGCGAAAUGAACGAUACCGAAUUGACUUUGAUAAUAACCAUUCUUUAACUGAUGCUGAUUAUCAGAAUCUCACAGGCAUUACAAAAGCUGACUUCAAUGACUUGUGCUUACUUUUAUCGAGUAGCACAUCCAUUAGAUGUACAAAAAACCGAACAAGUAGAACAUGUAUUGCGUUAUUGCUCGUUAAAUUGAGAACAGGUAUGUCAAACCGACUACUGUCCACUUUAUUUAAUAUAGGAAAAUCUAGUGUGCGCAGGGCGAUUAUGAGUGCAAGACAAUUUCUUUCUGUUAAUUUCACACCAAGAAAUGUGGGGUUCCAGCAUGUAACACGAGAUGAUGUAAUUGAACACCAUACAAGACCACUAGCGCAAGAAUUGUUUGGCACCAUGGUCAACAAACCCGCUAUAUUAGUUGUGGACGGCACAUACAUAUACAUUGAAAAGAGUAACAAUUUUCAAUUUCAACGAAGAUCUUACAGCAUACAUAAAAAUAGACCACUCGUCAAACCCAUGGUAAUCGUAACAACAACUGGGUACAUCGUUUCUAUUCUGGGACCAUAUCACGCCGAUUAAAAAAACAACGAUGCUUCC